AUGCCAGUACCAAACACACGCCAGGUGAUUCCUGGUGCUACUGUGAGUAUUGUUCUCAAAGCCGACCAGCGCACAGGUCGUGAGGUGCAAGGUGUCGUGAAAGAUGUCCUGACGCGAGGCGAUCACCACCGCGGCAUCAAAGUCCGGCUGGCAGACGGACGCAUCGGUCGCGUACAGCGCAUGGGCACUGGAAAGUCGCCCGGUACGAGCGAGGCCGUCACCAGCAACAGCAAUACACGCGCACCGGGAGGUGCUGGCGACGACGUCGCGUCCAGUACGAGCGAUGCGCUGCCAGGUGCACGCUUCACGGCACAACCGGGUCGGUAUCGUGAUAUACGUUCCGAUGAGCCUCUUGAGGCUCCGCAGGAGCAGAUUGAUCUCUCUGCAUACAUAGUCGCCCCUAAGAAGAAGGGAAAGGGUCGCAAGGGCAACCAAGCUCGUGAAAAUACUAUUGACGACCAGCAUACUCCGGAGGUUGCACCUACAGACGUCUCGUCGGCUACUGCAACAUGUCCUGUUUGCAACGCGUUCGAAGGCGACGAAGCUGCCGUUGCUCAUCAUGUUGCGGAGCAUUUUGAGUAA